GUCACUGCGCGUGCGCCAGAAGAGCGGAAGUGACGUGACCAGUGUUUCCGCUCGAGAGAAGCAGUGCGCUUCGGUUCUACUUUGAUCGGAAUCAGAAGCUCAAAUCCAGACACGCCAGAUGUCACACACGGGCGGGCGGCGCAGUAAAUGGGACCAGCCCGGCCCGGUGUCCUCCGCUGACGGAGAUGGAGGUUCUGCCCCCACAGGAGCUCUGGAUGCCGCUGCCGCUGUAGCUGCCAAGAUCAAUGCCAUGCUGGUGGCCAAAGGCAAACUGAAGCCGUCUCAGAUCAACAGCAUCACACCGGUGGAUAAAGUUGUUGGUGUUGGUGGGAAUAAAGUGAAGGAUGAACUUGUGGUUGCUGAGGUAGAAAUCAACGACGUUCCGCUCACCUGUCGAAACCUGCUGACGCGUGGACAAACACAAGAUGAGAUCAGCAGAGUGAGCGGAGCGGCCGUCUCCACCAGAGGACGCUUCAUGUCAACAGAGGAGAAAGCCAAAACUCUGCCCGGCGACCGUCCGCUCUACCUGCAUGUUCAAGGACAGACCAGAGAGUUGGUGGACAAGGCAGUUAACAGAAUUAAGGAGAUCAUAACAAACGGUGUGGUGAAAGCAGCCACCGGCUCCUCGUACACCCCAGCGACAGUCACAGUUUACCAGCACACCGCAGCUCCAUCCGCAGCGCCACCUGCUGCACACAAAACACAUUAUCCUGGAGGGAUGCAUUAUGUGCAGGAUAAGGUGUUUGUGGGUCUGGAUCAGGCCGUUCAAGGGUUCUGUGUGAAGGAGCGUGUGGAGGGUCCGGCCUGCUCAUACCUGCAGCACAUUCAGACUGAAACGGGAGCAAAAGUCUUUCUGAGAGGAAAAGGUUCAGGCUGCCUGGAACCCGCGUCCGGACGAGAAGCCUUUGAGCCCAUGUACAUAUACAUCAGCCACCCGAAAGCAGAAGGCCUUGCAGCAGCCAAAAUCCUGUGUGAAAAUCUCCUGCAGACUGUUCAUGCAGAGUAUUCUCGCUUUCUGAAUCAGAUGAACAUUGUGACGCCCAUACAGGCAGGUUUCAUUCAGCCUCCUCCUGUUAAUGGAAUGCCCCUACAGCCCCAAUAUUACCCACCUAUAGGGUACCAGCCCGCUUACCCCACGCCCGUCCCGCCCCCUCAGCCCGUGGCACCUCAGUAUUCAGUGCUGCCUGCAGUGCCAGUGCUGCCACCGCUGAGUGCCCAGUACCCCAUCCCACCUGCCCCCUCCAGCAUACCAGCACAGACUCUCCCGUCUGCUACAUUUCCCCCUGCUGCUAUGGCUCCGCCCAAAGCCACACCCCCUCCCACUCCACCAAACCCUCCACAGAAACGCCGCUUCACGGAGGAGGUGUCGGAUGAAACGGACCCUGGCCUUCUGGGAUAUCAGGUGCAGGCAUGUCUGUGGGCAGCUCAGAGACGUCAGGACCCCCGUCUGCUGUUUCCUCUGGGUCUGACAAACCGAGGAGCAGCAGACCGAUGAUGCCGCCUCCAUUUGUCCCGGCCCCGGUGAGACCACAGAAACCAGAAGAGAGAAAACCAGCACCAAACCACCUGGGUAAGACACCAGCCUCACAUCACACACACACGCAGACAGACAGAGACGUCUGUGAUGCUCCUUCAUUAGGAAUGAUGCUGAUUGUGUUUUGCAUGCAGAUCAGAAGCGAUACCCGACGGGUUGUUUAGAUUCAAAUGAUUAACGUGCUGCGUGUCAUUUCUGUGUGACCGGCAGAACAAGCCUUUCGUUUAAACAAAUCAUCUGCCGUUAGCUCCACCCCAAACUCACGCCAGCGCUUCUGCAGAAAUGACACGCAGCGUCUGGUCUCUGCCCGCCUGUAAUUUAGCGUUUGAAUGACGAGGCUUCUUCCCUGAGUGGCUGAUGUCAUCAGGCUGCUGCCGUCCCUCUUUGAUGACAUCAUCAGAAUGACCGCGCGUCUGUCCUGUCGUUUGACCGCCGCACUAACGUCUCUCUCUCUUGUGUUUUUGUGUUCUCUCUCUUUCUCUGUGUAUUUUUCUCUCUUUCAUGUCCCUCCGGGGGGAUGCCGGAUCCGCGGGCGGGGCGACGUUUCCUCCUGUCCUGCCUCCUGAUGGGAUGUUUUGAACAUCGCCCCCCACUGACCGUCCUUUGACAUCUGGUCGUCAUUCGUCACGCACUCUGGAUGUUGUUUUUGAUUAACUUCUCGUCUCUCUCUCUGUUGCGUCUGCUGCGGUUUGCGUGUGUUGGCUUUCUCUCUUGUUUCUCGUUUGUUUCUCAGUGGCGCAGGUGAAGCGCGUCAGGACCGGUCUGGUGGCGUAUUCCGGCGAUUCCUCCGAUGAAGAGGAAGAUCACGGACCCUCCAAAGUAGACGGGGCAGGUAACACGGGUGUAGGCUCC